AAACUUAACUGUAUCGAUGUCCGACAUCUCAAAACAAAGUUGUUUAUGUAAUAUGUAACUCGAACGAGAGAUUUCAAUUUUCGAAAGUAUUGCAUCAACUAGUGUAUUAAGUCAUAAUUAAAUAAUUAACAUUUUAUUCAAUAUUUGAAUAUGUCUUAUAGAUUAUUUAACGCUGUACAGUUUUGUGAUAGGUGUUUGUUAAAGUUAAUACGACAUCCGAGAACCUCAUCUUUCUAUAAUAACAUAAAUACAUCAUCAAGUGCAUGGUUCAGUUAUUCACCUAUAUAUUAUGAUAAAGCUCCUAAAGGUUUUGAAAAAUAUUAUCCUGGUGGAAAAUCUGCACAGAAUAAUCAGCAGCAAAAGAAAGAAACAGCACCUCAGAAAAAAGAUGAAAAAUCACAAGAACCAUCAUCUCAAACGCAAGGUAGCCAAAAGCCAAUGCAACAAACGCAGCCAGAUUGGAUGUUUAAAUUUAGUUUUGGUGGUGGAUCAAAAAAGGGUGGAAAGAAUCCUUUUACACCAGAUGAUGAUAACAGAUUAGUAGCUUUUGCACUUUUUGGUACACUUGGUGUACUAGCUCUAUUUGCUUAUAAUGAAUUUCGAUACAAAGAAAUAACUUGGAAAGAAUUUGUUAAUUCCUAUCUAUCUAGAAACAUUGUUGAAAAACUUGAAGUUGUAAAUAAGAAAUGGGUUAGAGUGAAAUUUGUUCCUGGAAAUCAAUUAGAUAAUAAUAAAUAUUGGUUCAACAUUGGUAGUGUUGACACAUUCGAAAGAAACUUAGAAAAUGUGCAAUUGGAAAUGAACAUAGAGCCUACAAAUUAUGUACCUGUAGUUUAUAAAACAGAAAUGGAUGGGUCUAGCAUUGUUUCUUAUUUACCUGGAAUUGCUAUUGUUGGUCUAAUUUUGUGGAAUAUGAGAAGAGCAUCUGGUAUGAUGGGAGGCGGUGGUGUUAGAAGAGUUGGUGGCCUUUUUGGCAUGGGUGAAACCACUGCUAAAUUAAUAAAUCCUUCAGAAAUUGGUGUGAAAUUCAGAGAUGUGGCAGGAUGUGAAGAAGCAAAAGUAGAAAUUAUGGAAUUUGUCAAUUUUUUGAAAAAUCCUCAACAGUACAUAGAUUUGGGUGCAAAGAUUCCAAAGGGUGCUAUCUUGACUGGACCUCCAGGUACAGGGAAAACUUUGCUUGCUAAAGCUACAGCUGGAGAAGCAAAUGUACCUUUUAUUACAGUAUCAGGAUCAGAGUUUUUAGAAAUGUUUGUUGGAGUCGGCCCCUCUAGGGUUCGUGAUAUGUUUGCCAUGGCUCGUAAAAAUGCACCAUGCAUCCUUUUUAUUGAUGAAAUUGAUGCAGUUGGCCGCAAGAGAGGGGGCAGAAGUUUUGGUGGACAUAGUGAGCAGGAAAAUACAUUGAACCAACUUUUAGUUGAAAUGGAUGGUUUCAACACUACGACAAAUGUGGUGGUUCUUGCUGCAACAAAUAGAGUUGAUAUUUUGGAUCAGGCUCUUCUCAGGCCAGGUCGAUUUGACAGACAAAUAUUUGUACCUGCUCCUGACAUUAAAGGAAGGGCAUCCAUUUUUAAGGUACAUUUACAACCUUUAAAAACUCUAUUAGAUAAAAUAGAUCUUGCUAGGAAAAUGGCAGCUCUAACACCAGGAUUUACAGGUGCUGAUAUUGCUAAUGUUUGCAAUGAAGCUGCUUUGAUUGCUGCUCGAGAUCUAAAUGAAAGCAUUGAUAUGAAACAUUUUGAACAGGCCAUUGAAAGAGUUGUAGCAGGAAUGGAGAAAAAGACAAAUGUACUACAACCUGAAGAAAAACGAACUGUAGCUUAUCAUGAAGCUGGACAUGCUGUUGCUGGAUGGUUUCUAGAACAUGCUGAUCCCCUUUUGAAAGUCUCUAUCAUUCCUAGAGGAAAAGGUUUGGGUUAUGCUCAAUAUCUUCCUAAGGAACAGUAUCUGUACUCUGCUGAACAACUGUUUGACAGAAUGUGCAUGACUUUGGGUGGGAGAGUUUCAGAGCAGAUCUUUUUUAAUAAAAUCACCACUGGUGCUCAAGAUGACUUAAAGAAAGUGACACAGAGUGCUUAUGCCCAGGUAGUACAAUUUGGUAUGAAUGAAAAAGUUGGCCAGCUAUCUUUUGACUUACCUCAGCCUGGAGAUGUGGUAAUUGAUAAACCUUACAGUGAAGCUACUGCACAAAUGAUAGAUCUGGAAGUCCGUAAUUUAGUAUCCAGAGCUUAUGAAUCCACUGUAAAACUAUUAGAGGAACAUAAGAAAGAUGUAGAAAAGGUUGCAUUACGACUUUUAGAUAAAGAAAUCUUAAGCAGGGACGAUAUGAUUGAGCUUUUAGGACCAAGGCCUUUCAAAGAAAAAUCUACAUACGAAGAAUUCGUGGAAGGCACUGGUUCGCUUGAAGAAGAUACAACUCUGCCUAAAGGUUUGCAGGACUGGAAUAAAGACAUCAAAGAAAAGCCACAGCCUGAGACCAAGGGUGCUCCAACAAGUGCAUAGUCUUGAACAGUUUUAUGUUUUAGUGUAGCAUCGUCUCUGGACACUUUAUGAACAUAUUUCAUGUUAUGCUGCUGCCAUUUUACCACCGCUUAUUUUUAGAAAUAAUGAAAAAAAAUUUCUUUUUCUAUUGAGCCAAUCAGCUUUAUUUAAUAAAAGCUAUAAAUGUGA